AGACGGACUGGAGUUUUCUCCGUAAUCUGAUCUCCCACAUAUGGCCGUAAUUACAAUGCAUGGCGGCAAAGCACUGAAGGAGAUUUGUAAUUAAGGGCAUCUAUAAAAAGAUCCAGGCAGAGGGCGAGGUUUGUGGAGCCGGGUGUGGAGGUGCAGUGAUACCCAGUCUACAUUCAAGGGUGCUUGGGCCCAUCCGGAGUGCAGCAUACAGGCGUGCUAAUGGAUCCCUACGGAGGCCACUAUCUGAACCGGGAUGCAGUCCUGUCUGGCCUGGGGGCUGCCCGCAUGUGCCAGCUGGUGUUAGGUUGCACCACCAUGUCUCUGGUGGCCCACAGUGCAGGCUUCAGUGCCACCUAUGGCACUUUUUGCAUGUUCGUGUGGUGCUUCUGCUUCGCUGUGACAUUGGUCAUCUUCACGCUGGAUGUGGCAAGGCUUCAUGGCUGCAUGCCCAUCUCUUGGGACAACUUCACCGUGGCCUAUGCCAUGCUGGCCACACUCAUGUAUGUCACAGCUUCUGUGGUGUACCCAGUCUACUUUCUCAAUAAUGAGUGUCCAUCAGAAGGCUGUGAGGUACGCAACUACCGCAUUGCUGUCACAGUCUGCUCCAGCAUCUGCUGUUUCACCUAUGGGGCUGAAGUCUUCUUGACCAGGGCCAAGCCAGGACAUGUUGUAGGGUACAUGGCCACCAUGUCUGGCCUGCUGAAGGUGGUCCAGGCCUUCAUUGCCUGCAUCAUCUUCGGUGCCCUUGCAAAUGACAGCGAGUACAACCGCCACAUCCCCACCCAGUAUUGUGUGGUUGUCUACAGCCUGUGCUUUGCCGUCACUGUGGUGGUAGUGAUCUUAACCGUCUCUGGAAGGACAUCAGCGCUGAGGUUUCCCUUUGAUCGAUUUGUCAUCAUCUACACCUUUCUUGCAGUGCUGCUGUACAUGAGCGCCGCUGUGGUGUGGCCUGUUUUCAGUUUCGACAAGAAGUACGGCACCCCUGGUCGCCCAGAUGAAUGCCCUCGUGGGAAGUGCCCUUGGGAUAGUAAGUUGGUGGUGGCUGUGUUCACUUCUGCUAACUUGGUGCUGUACUUUACUGAUCUGGUGUACUCUCAGAGAAUUCGCUUUGUCUCCCAGUCAGCAGCCUAAAAUAAUUUUUCUUCCAACUGCCAGAACAUGAACACAUACCUCAAAGGACAUUAUUAAGAAGCAAUUAUUGAUACAAAUAAGACCACUGUCAUUUAACCAGUCUCUGAUAUGUAGGUGUUGUUUUGGGUCACUGGAAGCUGAGGUGGCUAAUAUGUCAAUAUGUUAUUCUUAUCAUAAUAAAUUACAUAAUAGUAUGUUAACUUGGGCACAUCACAGACAUUAUGUAUUCAUAGAUAAUUGAUUUGUGUAUUCCUAGCACAAUGGAAUAAAAAAAUCUGAGAUUUCUCAUUUUUUUCCUAUUGUAGAAAUCCUGGAACCAAUAAUGUGUCACAUUUGUACUGUUGUGCAUUGUACCAUUUCCAACUUAUUAGCAAACCACAGAAAAAAAAAAUCUCAUAUUUCCCACCCCAUAUUUAAAAGGUUUUUAUGCACAUAGAUAAUGAAUAAAAAUUGUUCUUAAUGACCUCAGCCAUUUUUAACAAGGAAACACAGAUGUCCUGUAAAGUGCAGUCUACCAGCAGUUAUAACCAUAUCUGCUUCCAUGCACUGGAAAUUCUUCAAUAUCUUUAUUCUCAAGAAAUGCUUUCAUUAAUUAUCUAUAAUAACACUUUUUAAAGUCAC